GUCAGCGGUGAUUGGCGGAGCACUCGGGAGCUUGUUAGUUCCGGGUCCCGCAGUGACCCACGACCUGCUGGCAGCUGUAGCCUUUCCCUCAGUGAACAUGGCUGCGGCCAGUCGUUCUCUCUGACGACAGUGAGCCCAGGAAGGCAGGGCCCUGGGAGGCUCUGCCCGCGUCCCGUCCGCGAUGGCGCUUCAGCCGCGGCUCUGGAAAUGGCUGUCAGCUUGCGGGAAGCUGGAGUGUGGGUUCGCAGCACGCUCGACCAGUUCCACGCCAGCGAUUCAGCCCCAAGUGGAGACUAAGGAAAACGAAGCUGUGGCCCCAGUGUUCACCAACAGGAACCCUCGGAAUCUGGAGCUCUUAGGGGUGGCCAGGAAAGAACGGGGCUGGGCCACAGUGUGGCCCAACCGUGAGUUCUGGCACAGGUUACGAGUUAUAAAGACGCAGCAUCACAUAGACGCGCUGGUUGAGCACCAGAACGGCCAGGUGGUGGUUUCGGCGUCCACUCGUGAAUGGGCUAUUAAAAAACACCUGUAUAACACCAGAAAUGUGGUGGCUUGUGAGAGUGUGGGACGCGUGCUGGCACAGCGAUGCCUAGAAGCAGGGAUCAAUUUCAUGGUCUACCAACCAACCCCCUGGGAGGCGUCCUCAGACUCGUUAAAAUGUCUCCAGAAUGCCAUGACAGACAGUGGUGUGGUGCUUCGGGAGCCUCGGAGAAUCUAUGAAUGAAAUAGAAGCAUUAACUGUUCUGAAAGGUAAACAUAAAACCGUCAGCUACUCAAGCCAUGGAAAGAAAGCAUCUGCAUCUAAAAACAGAAAGAAAGAAAGAAAGAAAGAAAGAAAGAAAGAAAGAAAGAAAGAAAGAAAGAAAGAAAGAAAGAGGCUUUGGAGAGAGAACCAGACUGAAAGCUUCAUAGCAACAAUGUAACAGUGGAGAGCUAUUUAAAGUCAGCCUCUUUCCACUUCUACGUGUGCUUGUGUGGUUUUGUUCUUUUAAUCAUGAGCUAAACUUGUCUUUGGUGAACAUGACAAGUACUUAAGAGAAGCAGUCACCAGUUAUAACCAUUAAAAGAACAAAUAAAAUGUUAAUAACAACCUGUAAA